AUGUUCUGUGGUGGUCGUGUCAUCAUGGGAUUUGGAACCUCUGCAGCGCUAGCAGUCGCGCUUGCUCAUUUACAGGAGAUCGCGCACCCGCGUUAUCGGGCGCCAGUCAGUGCAUUAUCUUCGGUUUGUCUUGGAUCUCUUGAUAUUGUUGGAGAAAUGGCAUGGAGAAUCCCAGCAUGGUGUCAGUGUAUUGGUCCUGUGAUCACCUUACUAUUGACAGCAAGCAUGCCCGAAUCGCCAAGAUGGCUGGUAAAGCGAGGACGUCUUGACGAGGCUCGCAACAUUUUGGUCAAAUAUCAUGUCAAUGGUAAAGAGGACGACGCGCUGGUAGUACAUGAGUUUGGUGAAAUCUGCAGUGCCAUUACUGAGGAGCAAAACAUCAAGCAAGUCUCUUACUCCGAUUUUCUGAAGACACCUGGAAAUCGGCAUAGGCUUUUGAUUCUAUUUGUUCAGGGUCAAGGUCCCUACUACGCAAACUUGACGACCCCGGCAAGACUACAAGUCCAUUCCAAUAGCGACCCUAUGGCUGGUCCAAACUGGAAUGGCAAGCUGGCAGAUAUUCAUGCUGACUACCUUGCAAACGGAGGCAAACUAUUGAGUGAGGUUAUGGAAGCUGAUGCCGCUGUGGUGAAGAAGAUGAAGGAUGUUCUGGGCGCCUUCAACGGAGGUGAUGCCAAAGCGAAGGCUGCUAUCGAAGCUGAGCUUGCAAGGCUUUAG